UUGCCAUUGAAUGAGAACCGAAAAGAAAGAAGUAAAAGCCGUAUUUUAGAUAUCUUCUGUCGGAGAGGAAUUGCAAUCAAGAGCACACGAAAAAAAUCCAGAAUCGAGUAAAAUGGCCCCGAAAAACACCAUGCAUCUUCUGCCCCACACAAUAAUUGGUUGCUCCAUCCAAGACAACAACCCCAAGGAGCAACUCAUGCAUCACUGUGAUAAAAGGGACCAGUCCAGGGGGAUUUCAGACCUAUCAGACAUGAGCUUCACCAGGAAAAAAGAAUUCAGCUCUCCAGAUUCUCCACCUUGCUGCACCGGCACACAGAUGAAGGAAUCACCAACAGACAGCUCGGAGCUGUCAGGUGCUUCUCCCGCACUGUCUGGGAUCCCGUCAAUAUUGAAAGGGCUGGCAGAAGAACAGCUGCAGCAGGAGGUCCCCCCCAGCUCAACAGUUAGUCAGGGGGCAAGGCCAAAAACUGCUCAACGAGUCACGUGGUCCUCACAACUUGUGUCUACCAGCAGUUCAGAAGUACUUGAAAGGCAUAAAGACAAACUGAUGGCAGUAGCGUGUGAAGCUUUCUUUUGGAGUUCUCCAACUGCGGAAGCUGUUAGAACUAUGAUUCCUUGUACAGUCAACGAACCAGAGCAUUUGUUGAAGUUAGCAACAAAACUGUACAGGGUAGAACAUAAGGCAUACCCAAAAGCAAAAGACCUUUUGAAUGUUUUGUAUGACUGUGAAUUUCAAGAAGAAAACAUCGUGACGAGGUUUAUUGGCAUCUAUAAUGAGAGGGAUGAUUCUGAAUUUAAUGAUGACUGUGAAACUUUAGAAAAGAAAAAUGAAAGAGACUUUUGUGACACCCCUCACGAACCCAAGUCGGCUCAUUCUGAUACCAACGUCUCCUCUUCAAAUCACCCACAGAGUGAAAGGAAUACCGAGGAUCAGGAAACUCUUCCCACACCAGCUGAGAACACACAUGCUGAAGAUGCUGGAGUCAUUUCCGAAGGUGAUACACAGCCGGAUGAGGGGUGCCUUGGAGCUGCAGGACAAAAACACUCAGAACCUAAAUGCAUGACUGAAGCUCAGGAGCAGUCUUGUCUGGCUCGUGUAGUCAGGCGAGAACAUGAACUCUUAGUGAAAUCAACAAAAUGUGUCUCUUGUAAGGUCAGACCUAAAGAGGUUAUUUUUUUGCCAUGUGGUCACUACUCCCUCUGCUCUGUUUGUUCUGACCAAUUGUUUAUUUGUCCAAUAUGCAAAAAAGAGGCAUUGGCAGAAGUAAGGACCUUUCUUGGGUAAAUAUUAUUCUGUAUCAAGUUGAGUAGAAGUGACAGAGCUGGAAAUAGUGUGACAGAUUUUGUGCACAUGAAUUUUUUAAAAAUGUUUGUAAA